AUGCAUGAUAUGAUGGGGUUGCCAUUUGGUGGAGAAGACAUCAAUGAGUUACCAUUGUGUGAUAAGGGAAAUCAAAUUCUAGAAGAAUGGAGGGGACAAUAUAGUUGUGAUAAGUUCAAUGAGUCAAUGUUGAUGGGAACAAAUCAAAUAAAAGUGGUAAGGAAGUUGGUGUUGGUAGAAGACUUUUCAAAGUUAAAUUGGUGUAAAUAUAUGCUUGAUUGUUUGGGAUCUAGAAAAAAACUAUGGAAGAGGGAUGACAAAUCAAGCUACUACAGUGGUCCUAUUACACUUCUGAUUUUGGUGUACGUGUAUAACAUGAAGUAUUCUAUCAAGUUAGACAAAAGGAUUCCUUUUAUUGGGCAUAUAAAUGGUGCUAAAUUAUUAGAGAUUCAACGAUUGGAAAUAAGUUUGGGAGGGUUCGGGAGGCAGUUUCGGGAUGAGCAUGAUGAUGUCGAUAUGGGCGAUGAAACAGGAGGUGAAGAACAACAAAUGCUAAGCUUUAAGAGGGAUUUUGCAGAUGAGGAGCUAAUAUUAUGGCAUACGCUACUGUUAUAG